AUGGCGGAAGAGGAGAGCCAGUUUGAAGAAUUUGAGCAAAUAGACUUUUUAAGAGAUAGACAUGUACGGUUCUUCCAGAGAACUCUUCAGGUGUUACCUGAGAGAUACGCCUCCCUGGAAACAACCAGGUUGACUAUCGUAUUUUUUGCCCUGUCUGGUCUGGAUGUGCUGGAUGCCCUGGAUGUAAUUGAUAGGAACAUCAUGAUUGAGUGGAUCUACUCAUUACAGGUCCUACCAACAGAGGAUCAAUCCAACCUAAGUCGCUGUGGAUUUCGAGGAUCGUCACAUAUUGGUAUUCCUUAUGGCACCAAGGGUCCCGGAGUGCCCCAUCCGUACGACAGUGGCCAUGUAGCCAUGACCUACACAGGGAUGUGUUCGCUGCUGAUACUGGGAGAUGACCUGAGCCGAGUUAACAAACAGGCCUGUCUGGCUGGUCUCAGAGCACUGCAGCUAGAGGACGGCAGUUUCUACGCAGUGCCAGAGGGAAGUGAAAAUGAUAUACGGUUUAUCUACUGUGCAGCCAGUAUCUGUUACAUGCUGGAUGACUGGUCAGGCAUGGACAUCCAGAAGGCCAUUGACUACAUCAGAGGAAGUUUGUCAUACGAUAACGGGUUUGGCCAGGGAGCUGGGCGGGAAUCACAUGGUGGCUGGACGUACUGUGCCAUAGCCUCUCUGUGUCUGAUGGGACGACUGGAGGAGGCGCUGAGUCAGCGGGAGCUGGACAGAAUUCGACGCUGGUGCAUCAUGAGGCAGCAGAGCGGCUUCCACGGGCGCCCCAACAAACCUGUAGACACAUGUUACUCCUUUUGGGUGGGAGCUACGCUAGAGUUGUUAAAUGUGUUCCAGUAUACGAACUUUGACAGGAACAGGAGCUUCAUCCUGUCCACACAGGAUCGGUUGGUGGGAGGCUUUGCAAAGUGGCCAGACAGCCAUCCAGACCCUCUCCAUGCCUACUUAGGACUGUGUGGUCUGUCUCUGAUUGGAGAGCCCAAUCUGAGGAAGGUCCACCCAGCUCUUAACAUCACCCAGAGAGCCUUUCAGCACCUCCAGCAGCUGCAGCAGACAUGGAGGGACAACACUGGCAGCUGUAACAGACAGCACUGACAGCAGGACGAUCCACAGCUCUGCCUCUGAACAGGUUCAGUAAUCAGGAACAUCUAAUAGAUGUCAGUCAGAGGCAACUGGACUUGUUUUUCUGGAAGACGUAAGGUCACUCAUCUGAGAGGCCUUCUCAUUUCAGGAAUCAGGAAAGUUUUUGUAAGACUCCAGUUACAUAGCAUUAGCUUCGGGGAGCUAAUUUUCAGUCCAUCUAAAGCAACAUUUUUGUUAAGCAAUAUAAGCCACACUUGUUUUGCUGCCUUUUUAUUAGUAGACAGAAGUAAAUACAAAUGUACAUUGUGGUUUUUGAGAAUAAAACUAUGUGCCAGAAAGUUAAAUUUGAAUCACUGGAGACUUGAAGACAUUUCAGAUGCCUGAAUUUUACAUCCUUUUUAGAUAAUGAUAUUUAGGAAGCAGUAUCUACAGGCUGUGAAGCAUAAGCAGCACUUUAGCAGAGCAGCACCGUCGGUGACUACGCAUGAUGUGUUCAGGCACAUCACAUAAUCAGUGUUUGCAAAAUAAAAGAAAAUGGACUUAACUGUAAAAAUAUGCUUUGAAUUAUAAGAAUAUAGUGCAAGUGAAACUGGGGCUGCUAUGUUAUUGUAGUACUGCUAAAAACUGAAGCCUAUCUGUUCCUUCAUACAGACGAGUCGAUGCAGCUGAAAUGCCUCCUGUGUAGAUGAACCUUUAGCUUCUUCUUCAUAGUCAACACCUCUGUUGUAAAACCUCCUAGCCAACAUUGAACACUCCUGACUUGCUUCACAUGAGCAUAAGACACAUCCCCAAGACCUCUUUAUUUACAGUUUGAUGGGGACGUCUUUAAAUUCUAAGUAAGUUAUAAGUUCUGGAGCUGCUGGUAGCUUUACCAGCAGAAGGUUUUUGAGCCAGCUUGUCUAAUUUUGUGUUGUGCUAAAUAAUGUCAAAUAUAUGACAAAUAAAUAAACAUUGAUUUUUCACUUUUGUUCACAAACCUUUAUGGGGACAGUGGUAAUUUGUGGAGGAUACUUCAAAACUGCUGAGACAAAUAUUCUUUUAAAUCAACAUUUCUUCAUUUUCAGACAAAAACACCUCCAUGCAGGUUCCUCCCAACAGUAUGCACUUUUUGCUUCUCUGCCCUCAUCAUCUCCUUUACGCUGCAGCUGAACCUCUUCAAAGCUUUGAGCUUUCCAGUUCCAAAGGUGAUACCAGCCUGGCAGGUUCACUCUCCUGAGCCUCACCAUUCAGCUCCCUCCACUUUCACCACUGGCUUUGUUUAGAGAUCAAGAGAGAUUUAAAUGGUAAUUGAACUACUGGGUCACAAUAAACAGACAGCAACUAAGAGCUAACAAUCACCUUAAGGGAAAAAUCUAUUAUUAUUUGAAGAUAAUUCAAAAACUUGUUGGAAAAACAACAAAUGAACUUAGCUACAGGCCUUAUCUUUAAACCUAAUGUAUUGUUCACAAUUUUCCUGAGGCUAACAGAAAAAAGCCACAUGAGAGAAUUUGGUAAGAAGGGGAAAAUCUAUGUUCCCUGCCAGGCAGUAGCUGUCUGUUGUGGCAGCUGAUCCUUUCCUGACAACCAGAUGAACUACUGAACUCUACCAGCUUCCAUAUUCCCUGCAAGGCACUAACCAGCUUGAAAUCAAUAAGAUAAAGAUGAGACAGUAGCAACAGUAACUCUUGAGGACAUGUAUUCUUCAGAGUAGCAUUGGGAAUCUGCGUGUUAUUUUCAGAACAAAAAGGAGGCAGGUAUAAAAAAACGAGGAACAAUGAGCACAGUGUUCAGAGACACAGCUGUUGUCUGAUGUGUUGGUCAAAUAUUUGAUGUCUGAAAUGUUGACUGUCCUGAACAUUUCUUCACCCAGGCCUUGUAAUCCUACCAUCUGUCUGUAGUGCACGACUCACCAUCUGCACAGAGGCUCACAGACAGUUCAAGCCACUUGAUAUUUCAAUGCUCAGCUCAUACAAAAGUGACCAGCCUUGCUUCCCUUUAGUUGAGCUACAGUCGGAAGAUCUAUAUUUUUAAAUCUUAAUACGAUCCCUAACAUAGUGAUGCAUAGGCACAGAGCUCAACCAGCCUCUCGUGCUUCCUCAUCACAACUAUGCUCCAAAUCCACAAUUCCAGCCUCACUGAUUCCUCCUGCUCCCUGCUGAAGCCACGCCCUUUUAUUUUAAGAUCGCUGUCACAGCAAACACCUGCUCCCUGAGAGGACAAGUUUGGAGGAAACAAAGUCACAGCAGGACACGAGCAGUACUGUAGAUACAGUGGCCUGUCAGCAGCGUGUUACCUGCAGGGGUCAACUGUGAUCUGACGUUGGUGACGCCAUACCUGGCCUCGUCUCUCUUCCCGCCAAGUUGCUUUCUUUAGAAACCAGACCAGGCAGACGGAUGAAAGGAGAGAAGAGGGGAGGAGAAGUGAAUAAAUAAAUGAUUUGAUCCAUCUAUUAUUAAAAGUAAACUGUCAGAGGCUGGAAUCUCCUCUCUGCUCAAACCCUGCC